CGAACAUAACCGAACAUGGCCGAACGAACGUUCGAGUAGCAGCCGCCAUUUAAAAUUUUGCACUAGCAGCGCCCUCGUACGAGGAUCUCGGAUACCGUCUUGACAGAACAGCUGAUUCUCCGAGGAUAACAAUAAGAAACGCAACGCGAUGGACACCGAGAUUAUAGACGAGAACGACCGAUCUAAGGCGGUGAUGCUGUUUGGCCGAGACAUCAGCAAGAUUCCCUGUUUCAAAAUGAGCAUGUUGUACGGCAUCUACGGCGGCAUCGCCACCGGCCUGGCCACCUUCAUGUUCACGAGUCGAAUAAAGCUGUCGACGAACAUGACCCUGGGAUCCUACAUGGGUAUCUCCGUAGUUUAUUGGUGCUUUUGCCGAUACGAUCAUGUGAUGCAAAAGUACGCCAUGGACGAUAUAAAACACCUUUUACGGCAGAAAUCAAUUAGUACCGAGGAGGAAGUUAAUGAAGCCUUCCAAGAGCAACAGGGAAAGCUAGUCGAUGCUUGAGACACCCUGUUUAUUUUCUUUCAAAGACUUCUAAAAUUAUUUGUAAAGAGAGUAGAUAUAUUAUGUAAUGCUUUAUCGCACAGAAUAGCACAAUGCAAUGCGUAAUAUAUAGGUAAGAUUAUUGUAUUAUUUAUGAAAUGCAUGUAAAAGGAUGUCUAAAGCUUCUUGCUGAUAAUUUUUCUUUUCAACAAACUGUUUACAUAAUACUUAUGUAUAUAAUUUGAUAUUUGUGGGACUGUUAAUCUGAAUAGUGUGAAUCGAAUGUACAUAUAUACAGAUGUUCUUGAUAUAUUAGAAAUAAAUAAUUUUAUACCAAUUGAUACACAAUUUCCUAAAUUUGAAUACUGUACAGUUGAAUUGUCAUAUAAUUUAGUCAAUAUAUGAUUGUUAUACUAUUACAUUGUGUCAAAAUAAUUGAUAGAAAUAGUGUUUAAAAAUAUUUUUCGAUUAUUUUUAAUCCAUAUAACACGUGAAGAUACUACAUGUAUAAAUUGUAGAAUAAAAGUAUAUUUUCCA